AUUAAGUGAACUGCUGUGGAAAUCUUCAGGGGAUGUAGCAUUUAAUUAUGUGUUUCGUUUCCUUAAGGAGACGAGAUUAUUGGGUAGGAUUUUUAGACCUUCACUGUCACGGGUCUACACUCCAGUCCAGUUGGUGGCGGUAAUACACCUUAAAGUUGGUUGCCAACCGCUAUAUAAAUCUCCCAGAAGAAGAAAGGACCUGGAACAAUACCUGACUCCGGGAAGUAUUUUGCUUGGCCAACAAAAAAAUCUGCUGGUAGGAGAAACGUGACAUCUCAGCCCGCCUGCCUCGUUCUUCGUCAAGGCUCACCAUCACCAUGGAUGACCUAACCCAAGCUCUCUCGGCCAGCUUCGCCGUCUCGAAGGAGGCCAACAGCACAGCGGCCCCCCACCCACGGAUGGCCCAGUACAAGACCAAGUUCAGCGUUUUGGAGCAAAGCGAACGACGGCGGCGCUUUCUAGAUCUGCAGAAAACGAAAAGGCUGAAUUAUGUCAACCAUGCACGCCGUCUGGCUGAUGGGGACUGGACAGGGACAGAUAGUGAUGAGGAAGCAGUGGUGGUGGACAGAAAGGAGGAGGAACAGCAGGAGAAGGAUGCAGAGGAUGAUGGGAUGGAGAUUGAGAGGAAGAAGUUGCCAAAGUACUAUGCCAACCAGCUCAUGCUGUCAGAGUGGCUAGUGGACGUGCCUCAGGAACUGGAUACUGAUUGGCUCAUGGUGGUCUGUCCCGUGGGGAAGCGCUCUCUCAUCGUCGCCUCCAAGGGGUCCACUGCAGCAUAUACCAAAAGUGGCUACUGUGUGAACCGCUUCCCUUCUCUGUUGCCUGGAGGCAACAGACACAACUCAGCAAUGGGAAAAGAUUACACCAUCCUGGACUGUAUCUACAGUGAGGUGGAGCGGACCUACUUCAUCCUGGAUGUCAUGUGUUGGAGGGGCCAUCCUGUGUACGACUGUCCAACAGAGUUCCGGUUCUACUGGCUCCAGUCGAAAGUCCAGGAGACGGAUGGCAUGGCUGACAUUGCCAAGAGGAACCCUUUCAAGUUUGUGAGUCUUCAAAGCACUGCCUGCUCAACGGAAGCCAUUCAGCAAGCACUUGCAACAGAGUACAACUUCAAUGUGGACGGACUUCUGUUUUACCACCGGCAGACCCACUACACCCCCGGCAGCACCCCUCUGGUGGGCUGGCUGCGGCCCUACAUGGUCGUCGAUAUCCUGGGCAUGGAGGUCCCGUUGGGGCCCCUCACCGCCAAGCCAGAGUAUGCCGGCCACCAGCUGGCCCAGAUCCGGGAGCACAAGAAGACCUCCGACCAUGUCCGGCCAGGGGACCUGAACGGACGCUACGAGCUGGAGCACCUAUCCACCCCCGACCAGGAAAAGGGAGAUGGCGACACCGCCACCUCGCCCCGCAGCAGACCGCUGAAGGAGUCUCGCAUGGAGACUUCAGAGAAGAGCACGAGUUAGCUAGCCACUGAAGGCCAACUCAGUUAGCUAGCCACUAAAGGCUAACUCAGUUGGCUAGCUGCUAAAGGCUAACUCUGUUCUGCUAACCAAUAAUAUUGUAAUGCUUUGCUGCUCACCAUGCCAGAAAGACAAAUUACAAAAAACUUCAGACUACAUUGUGGGGAGUUUUUUUUGGACAGUUACAUUGCGAGGCAUUUAAUGAGCGGGAGUUCAAUGAAAUAGCAAGUUACUCACUGUGCUUCAUUUGGAGCGCCCUGAGUUCAGGCAUCGCUUGGUUCACCAGAGCUGUAUCCACAUUUUCAUUACACUGUGGAUUAGACUAUGUCAAAUGCAAGGGCCCUAUUAAAGAAGCCAGUUUCCCGGACCUAGAUUAAACGCAUUCCUAGAUUAAAAACUACUUUCAAUUAUAUUUUUCCAUUGAGAGACCACUGGGGCUGGGCAACUUACUUUAGUGUUGCCGAAAUGAACACUGUUCUUCUGCUCAUUUUGCCAGGCCUUGUGAAUGGACAACUAUACGUCAUUGCACUUUCAGAGGUUCAAUAAAUAACACAGUUGGUUACACAGGCCCUUUAGACCUAAAUUGACAGUGUCUGUCAUGGCCAGAUGUGUAACAACAAAUGCAAAAGUUGAUUUAAUCUGAUUCUUUUAAGUGCAUGUUUAUUAAAUUGUUUUAAUUGACUUUUCAA